GGACGUCAAGAUGAGAAUCUAGUGGAUUGGCUGGAUGAGGAUCUGAUGGCAAACAUGUCCAACAAUCUUUUUCGUUAGGACAUCUAGGAAGAAGAAGAAGUGUCAAUAGAACAUUAUUUAAUGGUUGUCAUUCUGCACCGUGAAACUGUUGACGAACGUAAAGUAAAGUGUGUUACAUGGCGAUAAGUUUAAAGGUGCAUUGCAAUUUGCAAUAAAUGGCUAACUCAUUAGGCGCAAUCGACUGGGAAGACUUAAGAAAGCAGGCACGACAUUUGGAAAAUGAAAUCGAUGCAAAAUUAGUGGCAUUUAGUAAACUAGGUAUAAAUGCUAGUGCUAGACACGUCAAUACAGAUGAAGUACCACUAUUGGAUGAGGAACAUGUGUUUGAAAACAUGGCCUCUGAAAUAGAAACAUUACUCUCCAAAUUAUUUUCUAUAAAUGAGAGAAUGAGUGAGUUACAACCAAACGGAGCAGCUAUGUUACAUACAAUGCAACGUCACAAAGAAAUAUUAAAAGAUUAUAAGUUAGAAUUCAACAAAAUUAGGAAUAAUUUUGCAGCUAGGAAAGAUCGUGAGGAUCUCCUAGGCAGUGUUCGCAAAGAAAUAGACAAUUACAAAAGCGCUAGCGGACUAAAUAGACGAGAGAUGUACCUUAAAGAAAAUCAACAUAUUCACAACUCUGACCGCUUGAUCAGUGAUCAAAUAAGCAUAGCUAUGGAGACACGAGAUCAUCUAAUAACUCAAAGGCAGGCGUUUAAACGUAUACGAACCAGAUUCAAUGACAUCUCGAAUCGAUUUCCGGCAGUGAAUAGUCUAUUACAAAGGAUAAAUCUACGUAAAAGAAGAGAUUCCGUUAUACUUGGCCUCGUCAUCGGAGUUUGCACAUUUCUGAUGCUUCUGUAUGCCUUUCACUAGAUACAUUUUUAGUGCAUAGACAGAAAAACAAUAACUAUACUUCCACCCUUCUCAGAUAACGAUUACUCACGGAAAUGUACGUACAUUUUAAGAAAUAUCUUGAGAUGCAAUAAACACAUAGAGGGUUUAGUUAUUUAGAAUGUGCGAGAUUGUAUAUGUGCAUAUACCGCGUGAAUGCUCGAGUAAUGGUAUCCUUUUCUUUUUCUCCUCCAACCUUUUUAACUUGUAAUCGAAGCGAAGAAAGUUUAUCUGUACAGUUUUUUUAUACCGAGAUAUAAGAUGUGGACACAUGAUGUAAGCAGUCAGUCCACGCUUGACAUGUUAACUUAAUAAAUGUUAAAAUAUAUAUGUAAUCUUAUCUUUGUUAGUAAUGAACCGAUUCUCCGACAUUUAGAAUAUAAAAUGGACGAAGAAUUAAAGAAUAAACAAUUUAUCUACAUUUCA